AUGCCUGCGACUGAACACCAAGUCCCGCCGCAAAUCGACUCCCCGGCACAAGACCUGCUGCAGUCUCAAGUUAAAGUUUGCACAACGUGCCACUCCCUCGUUGAGUCUGCAGCAGUGCCUUCUCCGCCCGAUUCCGCCACAGUAUGCGCCCGAUGUCGAGAGCACAACGCACCCUCCAGAAACGCCAAUUAUCUACCCGAGGGCCACGUUCAUUGCAUCGACCAUGACGUACCAAUAUCGAGGCAAAUCCCGACAUCGACCCCCGAAGCCUUCGCCACGAGGCGCAGUCGGCUGGAGGUACCGACAUACCAGGGAGAUGUUAUCAUGGAGGCGCUCCGGCCAGACUCGGGGGUCCAAGCCGCACAAAUCCAGCCUACCCCCUCACCCAUUUUUGGCCAUAAACACGCUCUGCAACCUCAGUUGUCUAUUCAGACAGAUGUGACUCCUAAUCAUGUUGACUCUUUCCCUAUUCACACUACUGCUGUUUCCCACCAAGCCAACAACAGUCGUCGUUUGGACCGUCGCUCCUCUCUUCUCGAUCCACUGGCAGACAUAACUCGCAUUCGUAUGCGUUCGCGAACCCACCGAUGCCUUUAUCCCGGAGCUACCUUCCAAGGGACACAGAAAAGUGGCAGGAAUAGUUAUGAUGUGAACGUCACUAUUGUGGACGUGGAUUUCGCGUCGUCAUUCCUAUGCGGCUAUCUUCGCAUCAGAGGUCUUACCGACGAUUGGCCCGAGCUUACCACUUACUUCGAUGCGGAAAUCAUCGGUAACCGAUAUGGGUUCUUGACACGCAAUUGGGGUGCUAAUGAAACGGAGGACAUGGUUCAUUGGUCACGUUUCCCUGCAUUCCGACAAGUCAAGAACGAGCUGCGUAAACCAUAUCUUACUAUGGACGAUAGGGAUCGGGGUGCUGUCUUCAUGCGUUGGAAGGAACGGUUUUUGGUGCCCGAUCACAGAGUGCAAGAUAUCAACGGUGCGAGCUUUGCAGGUUUCUAUUAUGUCUGCGUUGAUUUCAAUCCCCCGGCCCAGACACCUUCUCGCUCACCACUUUCGCCGACACCCGAAGAUGACAUGAUUCCGCUACCUCUCUGCAGCCCAACGGAGCCUCCCCGACGGACGCGCCGAAACUCGAGCGUACAAAGAAGCAACCGUUCACCUUCGGCCAGCCGUGAAGCACCGCUGGCCACCAUGAGUGGCUUCUACUUCCACCAGAACUCAGAGCCAUACCAACAACUGUCCCUAUCGCACGUCCCCGAGCGAACCUCCUCCAGUUUCGAAUUCCGCUGA